AUGUCCUCUCCAGGUGAGCAAAUCCCCCAGCCAAAACCCUUUCGUCCAUGUCCGUUUAUUCGAUCAAUAAGAGAUGCUCUUACUGAUAGUAAGCACAGCGUUGACAAUGUGGCGGCUACUGAACCACCUCUUAAAAGUCCCGGUCCAUUCCUCGUAUCACCUUCUCAACCAGCAACACUCACAGCAGAGGAUCUACCUGAAGACAAGAAAGCUUCUGCCACUUCAUUUACUUCCAUUAUUGUGCAAACCAAGUGCCCCUUAUGUGGUACUGAAAGUACUCCCAACAAAAGCCAAUCCAGAGAUAUCCGCAAAGGAAAGGUGACAGCAAUCCAUAUGCAACAACCAGAAAUAAAGGCGAUAAUAGAUCUAACGUGUCAACUAAUUGAAGUUACUGUUGUUAGGAUCGACGUGGUAUUUGUUCAAAGUCUAUCAAGCACACCUUCCGUGCCACAAUCUAUACAAACCGCCAUUGACAGUUGCUCCACCGCAAAGCGAAUCCAAACAGCAUCUAUAGACUGCCCUACUCUUUCAAACAAAGUACCCCGUUCUCGCACAGCAUACACUGUUUCGGUAUUAGAGUACAACCAGCACAUUAAAGAUAUAGAGAAAAAGACUCGCAAUUUUACCGCGGAACGAUUAAACGGAGUGCUCGUUAGAGCUAAUGUAUGCAUUCCGCUGGCCUUACUAAACUGGUCUCUCCCUGUAAUUAUAACCAACAAUAGAAUAAAACGAGAAGAGCACAAGAGUUAUAAGUAUAGUAUUGAUCCAUCCACUCCAAACUUGUACAGUCUGCGGCCAUGGCAGAGGGAAGCAAUAGAGUUUUACCUUUUACGUGGAGGGAAGUGCAUCCUGGCAGAUCCUCCAGAGAUGGGUGUUGCUGCGCAGGCUCUUCUUAGCACAUACCAGUACAAGGACAGCUUCCCGCUGUUCAUAAUCGUGCAUACAAACUCUAUUUCAUACUGGAAAGAACAGGUGUAUCUGUGGUACAAUACCGAGCCAGCGCGGCGUAGUUGUAUGUCGCAGUGGUUGAAAGAGAAGGACGCGCAUGAGGCAAAGACAAAUAGUCUGAAAAAGGUGGCUCUAAAGCGGUCUUCAGGAUCUGAAGUCAAAGUGAUGAAGCGAACGAGGCUCAGACGGGUUUAUGAGCUGCCAUGUGAGUAUAACAUCAACCCAGAUAGUGCCUCUGCUAUCUACGCUCUAGGGUAUGAGGACAUCACAUCUCGUGGUGCCUUUUCACAAGUAUACACGCACGCAGUUCAGACAUGCUUCGAAGGCGUUACUGUUUGUAGAAGACGGAUGAUUAUCGUCCUUACAGCACAAAACUUUCUGACUCUCUAUAAAAAUGGCCUAAUUCACACUCAAUCGUCAACGUUUAUAUUAUCGGACGCCCAAGAUUACAAAGAUAUGUCUUCAAAGCGUACCAAAGAGCUCUCUCUAAUCUUAUCUACUUGCUCCCGUGUAAUAACAUGCAUCUCUAUUGCCUGUGUGAGCCUUUUGAAAGUCCUACAUCCACAACUAAUCAUACUAGGCUUAUCUCUCGGAAGGAUGGAGUUUCUUGCACGUUAUUGUGAGCUGAAAAAGCGAGAAUUAAGAAGCGGAAAAGUUAUUACGACAGCAUCAGGAGUAAGCAUGCAAGAUGAAUUAGCGUAUAUAUUUGGUAUAUGUUGCCUCAGCAGAUUGUCUGAAAGGUACGUUGGGCCUAAACAACGCUUUAUCCUAUAUUUAGAAGGUGAAAGGGACACGCGGACUAACAGAAGCACAGACAAUGACAUGCUUAUUGAGGUGCGUGACUCCGAAGUAGCUGUGAUGCUUCUAGCAGAUACGCUUGCGGGAUUCUAUUCUCUUAAUUCAAUACAGUUCAUAGUUAUCGUACAUGGAAAAGAGACAGGAGACUUAUUAGCAGAUGCUCUACGCAACAACGGAUUGAAAGUAGAAAGCAUUAGUGAGAAAAGAAAUAUGAAUGCCUCUUUAGACAGCAUACACAGGCUCCAAAGCGGCGAGCUAGCCGCCUUGGUGUGCAUAGACGACGCUGUAUCCAUAUGUUUUGCCCUUAGUCGUACAUAUGUAUGCUUCUUUGUAGGACUACUGUGGUCGUCAAGCGAAAUCAGCAUGUGGGAGAGCAAGCUGCAGACGAUCCUCAGCGGCAACAAGCGGCAAUGUAGUAUCUUCAUAACUGGCCCAGACGAUAGGAGCUCACGUAAUAGUAGGGACAGUUCUAUUAGUAGCGCCAAAGCAAACUUUUCCCCACAUCUACACCCCCUAGAUUCCUCUGUAAGAGAAAACUUCAUUGUUCACCUUUUGCACUCGUGGAAGGUCCCCAGGUGGGACAGCUAUCCACAUCUCUCGCUAAGUACUUUACUAGGUAAACGCAUGGAGACGUGGUUCCAGGGUUAG